CUUGUUUAAAGGGCCGGCGGGGCACGUGGCUCGGACGCAGCUCGCGGCCGCCCGGCAGGAGCUCCGAGGCUGGGCGGCUCCGCUCCGCCUCUGCCGCCGCGCCGCGCCGCGCCAGGCCCGACAGGCCGGCCCGAGGAGAGCAGCGGGAGGGACGCGGGCAGCCAUGGCCGAAGCGGCGCGCGCCCCGGCUCCAGAGAGAGACAAGCAAACAGGAGACGAAAGGCCUUCGACACCUUCUCCGUCGCCCCAGCUGGCUGCUGAGAAGAACUCAUACCUCUACUCCACGGAGAUCACGCUGUGGACUGUGGUGGCCGCCAUCCAGGCCUUGGAAAAGAAGGUGGAUUCCUGCCUGGCCCGUUUGCUGACUCUGGAGGGACGAACAGGGACAGCCGAGAAGAAGCUGGCCGACUGUGAGAAGACGGCCUUGGAGUUCGGGAACCAGCUGGAGGGCAAGUGGGCCGUGCUGGGGACCCUGCUGCAGGAGUACGGGCUGCUGCAGAGGCGGCUGGAGAACAUGGAAAACCUGCUGAGAAACAGAAAUUUCUGGAUCCUGCGGCUGCCCCCAGGCAGCAAGGGGGAGGCCCCCAAGGUGCCCGUGACCUUUGAUGACGUGGCUGUGUAUUUUUCCGAGUCGGAGUGGGGCAGGCUGGACAAGUGGCAGAAGGAGCUCUACAAGCACGUGAUGAGGGGCAACUAUGAGAUGCUGGUCUCCCUGGAUUAUGCCAUCUCCAAACCGGACAUCCUCACCCGCAUGGAGAGGGGUGAGGAGCCUUGUCCUGACGGCCCAUGGGGCCCGGAGGAGGGGAAGGAGAGAGAGGCAGCACGCCCGAAGAGGCCAGGCGCUGGCCUCCCGCCACAUCCAGAGCACAUCCCCAGCCCAGUCAGCCCUGCCCAGGAGGAGCCAACAGAAACGCAGGUUCCCGACCACCAGCAAGACUCAGAAACCAGAGUAAUUCCACCUGAAACAAGUACCGGGCCCCCAGCCUGCACCAGCAUUUUGUCCUCGGUUAAACAGGAGGAAGAAUCUUCCGAUGGGGAGUCGUCAGCCUCCCCUCCCAGGGACAUCCUACCCAGCAUGGGGCCAGGUGGUGGUGUGGUCAUCAAGACAGAAGCACAAUCUGAGGACGAGAUGAUGCCUGAGCAGCUCUUUCUGGGGAAGUCCCCCAGCCAGACCCAGUGUAGACUCCCCAAAGGACCCAGGAGCGGGACUGGGGGCCCCGGCGGGCUUCAUGCCGGGGGCGUGCCAAGGGUGCGGGCAGGGGCCCCUCGGCCGCCAGGGGGCCUGGGAGAGCCGCCCCGCAUCCUCCCUCGCAGGCGAGAGCGGACCUUCCCGUGCCCCGACUGCGGGCAGAGCUUCCGCCUGAAGAUUAACCUGACCAUUCACCAGCGGACCCACGUGGAGGAGGAGCACAGGGAGGCCCGGGGCAGCUCGCCCCCCGCGUGGGGGGAAGCCCACUCCACGCUGGAGCCGGGGGAGGUGGUGGUGCCCGGCCCUGUCAUCCGCUGGCUGCCCGAGGAGCCUGAGGGCCACCGCUCCCUCUCAGGCCGUUCCUUCGUGGGGCGGAGGCCGGCUGCCACCAAGGUGUACCACUGCAGCGAGUGCCUGCGCUUCUUCCCACAGCGCAAGAGCCUGCUGCUGCACCAGCGCCUGCACACGGGCAAUGGGCAGGGCUGGCCCGCCUGUCCCUACUGCGGCAAGGCCUUCCGCCGGCCCUCCGACCUCUUCCGUCACCAGCGCAUCCACACCGGCGAGCGGCCCUACCAGUGCCCCCAGUGCGGCCGGGCCUUCAACCGGAACCACCACCUGGCGGUCCACAUGCAGACUCACGCCCGAGGCCAGGCGGGCCCGCACUUUGCUGCUCCCCCCGGGCGCCCGGGGAGCCCACCCCUGCGCCGGCCCAGCCGCAUCGAGGAGGGCUGACCAGGCAGGGGCCUGCAGGGGCACCCCGGGCAGGACCUCUUCUCCACCUGCGGGGCCUUUCCCCCUUGUGCCUGGCGCUGCUUCCUCUUUCUGGGAUGGCUUUGAACAGAGUUUUCUUUUCUUUGAAAUGAGAAGCAG